AUGGUCUCCACUGUUCCAAUCCUCACUGGAACCAACUUUUCAGAAUGGAAAGAGAAAGUUGAGUUCACAUUAGGAGUACUAGAUAUGGAUUUGGCACUUCGUGAAGAAGAGCCAGAUCCCUUAACUAUAAUUAGUACUGAGGAAGAAAAGGCACUCCAUAAAGCUUGGGAGAAAGCGAACAGAUUGAGCAUGAUGUUUUUAAGAAUGACAAUAGCUAGCAAUGUUAAAACUUCCCUUCCUGAUGUAGAAAAAGCUAAAGCUUAUCUAACAGCUAUAGAAGAACGGUUUAAGACUGCAGACAAAUCCCUUGCAGGGAAACUUAUGGCAGAUCUUACAACCAUAAAGUAUGAUGGGACAAGGUCUAUGCAUGAACAUUGCAUUGAAAUGACCAAUCUUGCGCCCAAAUUAAAGAUUUUAGGAAUGAGUGUGGACGAUUCAUUUCUUUCCAAGAGGAGGCUAGACUUGGUCGUGAAGGCAUUAAAGUUGCCCAUUAUGUCCAAGGAGCUGGACUUAAAGUUGGGAAAAGGCAGAAAAAGAGCCAUCAAAGAGCAUCACCCACAAUAA